UUCUUCCGCAUUUCGAUGAACGGCUGCAACACGGGGGGACGGCGACGGAUCAUAACCGUGUUGAGAUUUUUUACGAUGAAUAGCGGGGACAAUAGUGUCACUACACUCAAAAGUCAAACGUUCAUUUUUCCAGUCAAGUACUGCCCCAAACCGAGUCAUUGCCUCAUUGUCUAGGAGUAUUUGAUCAGGACCGAGCGAUGGUACGACCAACGCAUCGAUUUGGCGGGACACGUCUCCCAACCGAACAACGAACGAACUAAAUCCUAAAACUUUGACUGGCGC